AAACGCGGGAGCGCUCAGUCGCGCUUCGCCGACGCGGCCUUUGGAAUCCGCUGUGCGUGGGACUGCCACCACGUCCCCCUCCUCACGCCGCGUCCUUCUGCCUCACGUUCCAAAUCGGCCCAGGCGAGGUUCGGGAGAUGUUGGAAGAAGAAGCGAGAGCUGGGGCUCCGGAGAGGCAGCUCAAGUGAAUCUCAGGGCAGGGCUUUUACCACAGGAACAAGCCCCGUCCCCCUCCCGAAGUCGAGGGUGUGGUUAGAGCGGGCGGGUCCGGGGAUUCCUGUCAGACACCCCGCCGCUGGGCCUGUCCCCUCGCGGGGCGGGCCCCAGACACCCACCGCACUCGCGGCCUGGGGGAGCGUCCGGAGUCCAAGGAGAGUUUGCGGAGACCGGGGCGUCCCGCCUCGUUCGUAAGAGAGAGGCGGAGGACGGAGAAGGCCGGGCCUGCCUGUUCCGGCCUCGGGGCUCUUUCCGCCGCCAAGGCUGACCGCCACGCCGCGCUCGCGGGACGCGGGGCUGGGAAACGGCGCUCUCGGAGCUCUUCAUGCUGUCUAGCCUGAGUCAUUCCUUUCUGUAAAACAUUGGAAACCGACUACCUGCCUUCCAGUGGUAGCCACCGACGACAGUCCCUUGAUUCUCUUCCUAAGCAUUCUUUUCAGACCCUCUCCAGCUCUCCUUUUGAGCUAUGGCAACAAAAGCCAUGUGCAGUCUUACAACCACAGAGGUCAACAAGAGUUUAAGUAAGAACACACAUUGCAGAAACAGGAUGAAGUUGUCCAGUGAAAAGUUGCCCAGGAACCCCUUUUAUACCUCUGUAUCCAAGUAUGUUGCUAAGAACCAAAAAGUCUUCGAAUGGAGAAAAGAAAAGACUGAUCAUUAUAGCCACGCUAAUUUGUUGGAUAAGGCAUUGCAGCUCUUGAAGGAAAGAAUAGUAAGAGGGGACAUGCUGGCAUAUUUCCUACGAGGUCAACUAUAUUUUGAAGAGGGAUGGUAUGAAGAAGCCUUAGAACAGUUUGAAGAAAUCAAGGAAAAAGAUCAUCAAGCAAUUUACCAGCUAGGAGUCAUGUAUUAUGAUGGGCUGGGCACCACUGCAGAUGCUGAAAAAGGAGUGGACUAUAUGAAGAAAAUUCUUGAUUCUCCAUGUCCCAAAGCAAGACACUUACAAUUUGCAGCUGCUUACAACCUCGGAAGAGCUUAUUAUGAAGGAAAAGGUGUUAAACAAUCAAAUGAGGAAGCUGAAAGACUGUGGCUUUUUGGGGCAGACAAUGGAAAUCCAAAAGCUAGUGUGAAGGCUCAAAGUAUCCUAGGAUUGUACUAUUCAACAAAAGAGCCUAAAGAAUUAGAAAAGGCAUUUUACUGGCAUUCAGAAGCAUGUGGCAACGGAAAUCUGGAAUCCCAGGGUGCACUUGGUCUUAUGUACUUCUAUGGACAAGGCAUCCGCCAGGACACAGAAGCUGCCCUGCAUUGCUUAAGAGAAGCAGCAGAACGUGGAAAUGUCUAUGCUCAAGGGAAUCUUGUGGCGUAUUACUAUAAGAUGAAAUUUUUUACAAAGUGUGUUGCAUUUUCCAAAAGGAUUGCCGACUAUGAUGAGGUUCACGACAUCCCCAUGAUAGCCCAGGUCACGGACUGUCUCCCAGAGUUCAUCAGCAGAGGGAUGACCAUGGCAUCUUUCUACCAUGCACGAUGUCUUCAGCUUGGCUUGGGUAUCACAAAGGAUGAAGCAACAGCUAAACACUAUUAUUCUAAAGCUUGUCGUCUGAAUCCUGCAUUGGCAGAUGAACUUUACUCCUUACUUAUUCGUCAAAGAAUUUAGACUACAAAGCAUUUCAACAAAGAUCAUCAAUCCUAACACCAUACAAUGUGUGUAUUUUUAUAGUAGCUAUGUUUGGUUAUUUUCUGCAUCACAAGUUACAUUAUCCUGGGUAUUUUACAGGUGACAUGUUACCUGCAUUCUUAAAUUCAUAUGCUAAAAUUUUUGCAACUUGAAGCCUAGAUCCAGGAUCAAAUUUCUGGAAGAGUCCUCAAAGAUCCACCUUUUAGCCUACAGACUAGCCUAGACUACAGUAAAUAUUGAAACCAUUCCACAAAGCAAGUAUUAUUUUCC